AUGAGCGAGAACCAGACACCUCUCAAUGCCGGCCAGCAGACAUCACCGGUGGCUCCCGGCAGGGGAGCAUCGAGACGUGGACGUGGGGGUGGUCGUGGACGUAGCCUUGGUCGUCCACCGGCUGCUCGAGGGUCCUCCCGUGGUAGACGUCGUCGUUCACUGGCGAGCUCAAGCAAUGGAGCAAGAUCGACUUCUCAAGAACCUCUCAAUGCCGCUGGCGGCAGAGGAUCAUCAAGACGUGGUCGUCCACCUCUCAAUGCCGCCCAGCAGACAUCACCGGUGGCUCCCGCCAGGGGUUCAUCAAGACGUGGACGUGGUCGUCCUCCGUCUGCAAGAGGGUCGGCACGUAGCAGAAGUCAGGUGGAUUCCGGCAAGGAGACACGAGUUGGUAGUGAAUGGAGAGGUCGAAGUCGUCCACCGGGUAGUCGGAAGAGGCGGUGCAGCACUGUUGAUGGAUCCGCCGGUAGAAAACGUACUAAGCGUGACACGAGUAAGCCAUAUGCUGUGGUGACUCCCAUUAGGGGCUCAUCAAGACGUGGACGUAGGCUUGGUCGUCCACAGACUGCUCGGGGGUCCUCCCGUGGUAGAUGUCGUCGUUCACGGGCGAGUUCAAGAGACGGAGUAAGAACGAAUUCUCAAGAACCUCUCAAUACCGCUCGCGCCAGGGGAUCAUCAAGACGUGGACGUGGACGUCCAACGGGUUCUCGAGGUCGUCCCCCGAGUGCACGAGGGUUGGCGCGUGGUAGAAGUCAGGUGGAUUCCGGCAAGGAGACAGGAGUUGUUCAUCCACGGAGAGGCCGAGGUCGUCCACCGGGCAGUCGAAAGAGGAGGGGUAGCACUGAUGGUUCCGCAGGGAAAAAACGUGCUAAGUGUGAUACGAGUGAGUCAUCUUCAGCCGUGACUCCAGCUAGAGGGUCAUCAAGACGUGGACGUGGUCGUCUACCAGGGAAUGCAGUAGCUUCUAACGGCCAGCAGGCUCUAAUUGGGAGUUCUGGCGAGGCGACUAAAGUUGUUGAGAAUCCGGCCAGUGCAGGAGCUUCCGAUGGCCAGCAGGCUCCCCUUGCAGGUUCUAGCCAAGGGAAUGAAGUAGCUGCGAAUCCGGCCAUUGAAGGAGCUUCCGACGGCCAACAGGCUCCAAUUGGGAGUUAUGGCGAGGCUACUGAAAUAGUUGAGAAUCCGGCCAGUGCAAGAGCUUCUGACGGCCAGCAGGAUCCCCUUGCUGGUUCUGGCCAAGAGAAUGAAGUAGCUGCGAAUCCGGCCAUUGAAGGAGCUUCCGACGGCCAACAGGCUCCCCUUGCAGGUUCUGGCCAAGGGAAUGAAGUAGCUGCGAAUCCGGCCAUUGAAGGAGCUUCCGACGGCCAGCAGGCUCCCCUUGCGGGUUCUGGCCAAGUGAAUGACGUAGCUGCGAAUCCAGCCAUUGAAGGAGCUUUCGACGGCCAGCAGCCUCCGCUUGCGAAUCCGGAUAUUGCAGCAGGUGGCGGGCAUGAGGGAUCACCCGACUAUAACACAUUACCGGCACUUACUCUUGGUGACGUAGGAAUCGUCGGACGUAAAUCCAAGGAUCACCUUCUACCAAAUCCAAUCAUUGAGUGA